AUAAGCGGUUAAAGAAUGUUACGUCCAAUUAUUCCCAUGUUUUUCUUGGUAACCCAACCGGCGAUUUCCGUGAGCAAGAACAAGUCUCUCUUUUUGUUUGGGGGAGCAGAGCAGUCAAAGAAUGAACCAAACCAAAUGAUUGUUCUAGAAUGGCUAUUCCUCACAAUUGCUCCUUGUGAUGCAGCGGAACCAUGGCAAUUAGGAUCUCAAGACGCAGCAACACCUAUGAUGCAAGGAAUAAUAGACUUACAUCACGAUAUCUUUUUCUUCCUCAUUCUGAUUUUGGUUUUCGUAUCAUGGAUCUUGGUUCGCGCUUUAUGGCAUUUCCACUAUAAAAAAAAUCCAAUCCCGCAAAGGAUUGUUCAUGGAACUACUAUCGAGAUUCUUCGGACCAUAUUUCCUAGUAUCAUCCCGAUGUUCAUUGCUAUACCAUCAUUUGCUCUGUUAUACUCAAUGGACGAGGUAGUAGUAGAUCCAGCCAUUACUAUCAAAGCUAUUGGACAUCAAUGGUAUCGGACUUAUGAGUAUUCGGACUAUAACAGUUCCGAUGAACAGUCUCUCACUUUUGACAGUUAUACGAUUCCAGAAGAUGAUCCAGAAUUGGGUCAAUCACGUUUAUUAGAAGUGGACAAUAGAGUGGUUGUACCAGCCAAAACUCAUUUACGUAUUAUUGUAACAUCUGCUGAUGUACCUCAUAGUUGGGCUGUACCUUCCUUAGGUGUAAAAUGUGAUGCUGUACCUGGUCGUUUAAAUCAGACCUCUAUUUCGGUACAACGAGAAGGAGUUUACUAUGGUCAGUGCAGUGAGAUUUGUGGAACGAAUCAUGCCUUUAUGCCUAUCGUCGUAGAAGCUGUUUCUAGGAAAGAUUAUGGUUCUCGGGUAUUCAAUCAAUUAAUCCCACAAACCGGGGAAGCUUAAGCGGAAAUGAAAGAGUAGGGUGAGGGAACAAGCAACGGCUUCUAACGCUACUUAGCUAUAUGUUAAUAAGAAGCCGUUGUGCGUGAGUAAAGUGACGCUACGCGUCUUCCUUGUUCGUUUAGCUAACGCGCAUCCGUUUUCUUGUGAAAUUGAGGGCUUCGCUCGCUCGCUCUAACGCUCGUUUAGUAGACAGCGAGUGGAGUGCAUAAGCCCCUUUAGAGAUAGGGGUGAGUACUACACGAGCUCGUAAGUCAAGUACGGAACGAGCCUUGUCUACGAAGUAGAGCGACCUCAUCUUGCUUGCUUCUGGCGAAGCUUCUAGCUCUAGAUAAUAGGCAUUCUGGUAUGGCAGGAAGACUACUUUUUAGGUGGACCACUACCUACAUAAGAGCGAUAGCGAAGCCAAGCCGUAUAAAGGCGAGCAGCCCUUAUAGCAUAGCAAUAGCAAACGGCCUACUUAUAGCCCCU